GCAAAGGAUCACAAAAGUGCAAUUUCGGAAAGCAGCGAAAAUUUGACCAAAAACUUGGCAUAUUAUAGCACACUGCCGUUAGUGGAAAGUGAUAGUCGAGAGAAAUAGUGGGUGGGAAGUGUUCUGAAGCAGUAAGUACCCAGGAGCGUCGAGAAAAGAUACAGGUCCGCUCCCGCAGAUAGAUCGAACGUCGGGAUUCCCCCCGGAUGUGUACUCGGAAUCGCUGAUUUGUGUUUUUCCACCGUGUGUGCAUACUUGCGGGGUGGCUUUUUCCUUGCUCAACCCGUCCACGUUCCGAACUCCUUAGUGUUUGUCCAUCAGCCGUCGCGUGUCGUCACUGACCAUCGUUCAUCCGUUCGCUGAUCCAUCCGACCAACCCGUAUCUGCAGCUUCGUAGACAGUGGUCGUUCAAAGGAUAUUUGUACCAGGCAAUCAAUUGACUAGUUGUUCCGCCCGAAACGAUUUCAGUAUACGGUGAGAAUCAUCCAUUGCCUUCAACUUUUCGUUGCUCGCAGAAUUUUGAGUGGGUGUUAUCUGAUUUCGAGCGCCGCAGGUGCGACCAAAUCGAUACACAACCGAGCGGCGGUAGCAGCAUUUGGUUGAUAACCGAAAACGACGUUACAAAAAGUUUCCGAUUUGAUAAGUCUUCGUGGCAAGGUGAAGUGAACACUCCUAAGGACGCGUACGAGAACGCACUUAGUUUUUGCUAAUGUCCGACGAUCAGAGUUCGAACCCCGUUUCACCAGCUACAACACCGUCUUCAGCACGCCCUUUCAUGCCACUUCCCUUGGAUCUUAACGCCGAUCGGAAAAAGCCCGCGAAGAAACUCAGCUUUCUAGGAUGCCAGGGCGGGCAGCCACCGGUGGUUACGGAUCGGACACGGGAACGCAUCCGUAUGCAGGCGGCCGCCGGUAAGCUACAGAUAGCGCCGAACCAAACGUACGACUUCACCUCGGACGAUCUGCUCGAUGAGGGUGAGAUUGGGCGCGGUGCCUUCGGGGCGGUCAACCGGAUGAAGUUCACACACACCGACACCGUGAUGGCCGUCAAGCGGAUCCGCUCGACCGUGGACGAGAAGGAACAGAAGCAACUGCUGAUGGAUCUGGAGGUGGUGAUGAAGUCCAACGACUGCAAUACGAUCGUCACAUUCUACGGCGCACUGUUCAAGGAGGGCGACUGCUGGAUCUGCAUGGAGCUGAUGGAUACCUCGCUGGACAAGUUCUACAAGUUCAUCUGCGAGUGCCAGCAGAGCCGUAUCCCGGAACCGAUCCUAGCGCAGAUCACACUGGCCACCGUGCGUGCGUUGAACUAUCUGAAGGAGGAGCUGAAGAUCAUCCAUCGGGACGUGAAACCGAGCAAUAUACUGCUCAAGCGCAAUGGUGAUAUCAAGCUGUGCGAUUUCGGUAUCUCUGGCCAGCUAGUGGACUCGAUUGCUCGUACGAAAGACGCGGGCUGUCGGCCGUACAUGGCGCCUGAACGUAUCGAUCCCCAGCGGGCCAAGGGCUACGAUGUGCGCAGUGACGUUUGGUCGCUCGGUAUAACGCUGAUGGAGGUUGCCACCGGCAAAUUUCCCUACCCAAAGUGGGGUUCCGUGUUCGAACAAUUAUCACAGGUUGUUGAAGGAGAUCCACCCAGGCUAUCUACCUCCUACAAUGGGAUGGAGUUUUCAUUGGAUUUCGUAAACUUUGUAAAUACUUGUUUAAUCAAAGACGAACGCGAUCGUCCCAAGUACGGAAAGCUGCUGCAGCAUGCGUUCAUUCAACUGGCAGAAAAAAGUGAUACCGACGUGGCGGCGUACGUGAGUGAAGUGCUGGAAUCGAUGGCUAACAAUGGGAUCACGCAGUUUACCACUAACCUGCCGGCGGAAGGUUGGAACGAAAGCUUCAACUAAACAACAUUUCGUGUGGAAGAACAUUUUCCAUUCACUUUUCUGCAUCCUCCUAUUGCACAUCACGAAGAAUUUGCUGAACGACCAUGAUCCAAACAUUGAUAGCUCCCUUUGAAGUCCUAUUUUCAAUCCCCCUCCCCCAUAAAAGGCGCAGUUGUAUGAUUCGUGUCGGGUUUUUGCUGGUAUUUAGCAUCGUCCAGUUCCCUCGAACGCAUGUUUUACUCGUUGGACAAUUUAUUCAAUACAGCUGGCGUGACUAAAAUAUUCCACAUCAUAGUUAUUUUACCACAGUAUACUUCACGAGUAGUGAGAUAGAUUUCCGGAAACCUGGCUGUUGAUUCAUUCUUUUCCGUAUCGUAUGAAACACGUUUGAAGUCGAUUUGCAUUCCCGCUAACUCUAGCCAGAGAGGUCGAUAUUCUUCUUCGAAUGCAAUGAAUCUUGCUGCAGGGUUCUAGUUCAAAAUAACUCAACACCAUUAACACGGUUGGGAACACGAAGGUAUGAAGAUAAACAGCUAAUUUUAACACCUAAGAAAUUUAUCUGCCAUAUAUAAAAUGUUUCCUUUUUGUUUCGUCGGUACGCAAGGCUAAUCGUUCGAAUGGUUUGUAUACAUUUCUCCGGCAAACGGUAUGGACGGACAAUAAUACUAUAUGAGGAUUCCGCUAGAUAAAAAAAGGAUUCAGUAUUUAGCAACACUGACAAAUGAAAUACGCCAAGUAUUCUAAAGGCAAUAAUGCAAUUAAUGAAACGGACGAAAUAGAUUUCCUUUGAUGGUUGAGAAUGCAAAAUCACUACUGGAAAAACAA